AUGGAGCCCAAAAACAGUGAUAUUACACCCAAUGUGCUAGAGUCACGUGGCUCUUUUACUGAAGACACCAAAUUCAUCGGAAAUGAAGACAUCGAGCCAACGUCGGGCGAUGAUACGUUGGGAGCUGCGGAUAAGGAACUCCAAGACCCCCUAGAGGAUAUCAACGAAGGACCAAAACACGUCACCGGCUACAAGCUGCUAUUCGCAAUGGCAGCUCUCAACCUGAGCGCCAUACUAAUUAAUUUAGACAAUGCGAUCCUCUCAACGGCAACCCCUACUAUUACCAAUGAGUUUCACUCUGUCAAAGAUAUCGGCUGGUACGUGAGUUCGUAUCAAUUAGCUGUAUCGGCUCUACAGCCUUUGACCGGCAAGUUCUUCACUUACUUCAGUAACAAGUGGACGUACAUCGUGUUCCUAGUCAUAUUCGAGGUUGGCUCACUGAUCUGCGCCCUCUCGCAGUCAUCAGUUCAGUUCAUUGCGGGGCGAACAGUGGCUGGCAUUGGUGCUUCGGGCCUUUUCAAUGGCUCAAUGAUCAUCAUUUACGGCAUGGUGUCUGCUCAACAGCGACCCGCUAUGAUGGGCACCAUGCUUGCGAUCUCGCAAAUCGGACUGAUUGCAGGCCCGCUCAUUGGUGGCUCGCUAACACAGUACACCAGCUUCUGGAUCAAUCUCCCUAUCGGAGGUUUUGCUUGCAUUCUGCUUGCAUUGGUCUACAUUCCUGAACAGAUGGCUAAACCAAAGUUCACGGCGGUGCUCACUGACCGCAACAUUCUGAAGAAGUUCGAUGUUGUAGGCUCAGGGAUCCUGAUUGGAGCCAUCGUCCAGCUCCUGCUAGCGCUCCACUACGGUGGUGCUGAAUACCCCUGGAAUAGCGCCGUCGUCAUUGGGCUCUUCUGCGGUUUUGCUGGAGCCACGAUUCUGUUCAUGGGCUGGGAAUACCGAGCUGGCGCGAAUGCUCUCAUGCCACUUGAGAUGUUCAAGAACAAGGUCGUGGCAUGCGGAGCCGCCAUGAAUACUUGCUUGUUUGGAAUAACGUAUAUCGCGACUUACUUCAUCCCUAUUUACUUCCAGAGUAUUCUUGGCGACAGCCCUAUGGAGAGUGGCAUCCACAUGUUGCCAAGUAUCAUCGGGUCCAUUGUCAUGACUCUUCUCUCAGGCAUGAUGGUUUCCAAACUGGGAUACUACCUCCCGUGGGCAGUAUUUGCGGCCAUUCUGACCUCAAUUGGUGCAGGUCUGAUAACUACCUGGUCUACCGACACAAGUGCGGGAAAAUGGAUUGGUUACCAGAUUCUAUACGGAUGUGGCAGAGGUCUGGGACUGCAGAUGGCUAUUGUGGCUGUUCAAACGGCGCUUCCGCCAACACUGGUGGCCAUCGCCCUCACCAUCCUUGUUUUCGUACAAGGACUCGGCGGUGCGGUGCUCAUCAGUAUUGGCAACACGGUUUUCGAUAACACCGUCAUCAACCAGAUACAGAUACACGCACCUAACGUGAACCCAAAAGCCGUUCUCACAGCGGGCGCGACCGCUUUCAGGAGCCAGGUGUCUGCUGCUGACCUACCCAACGUGGUAAAGGCAUGGGCCGUCGCUUUCCAGAAAACGAUGUAUAUCACCACGGGCCUGUCUGUAGCCAUGUUCUUUUCUACUUGGGGUUUGGGCUUUUAUGACGUCAGGAAGAAGGAAGCCGGAGCGGCGAAAGCAUCUAAAUGA